UUUUACAGCUGAUUUUCCUUGAUCCUGUAUAAGCCUGUAUCUACAUAUCUUGGCUUGUAAGCAGCUGGAUACUGGACUAGAUCAUUCCCCUGCUUGGCCGCUUCCCUGAGGAGUGUCUGCAGUGUAUCUAAGGAUGUUCUGAUGCCAGAGCUAAUGGCUUCCCACUGAGGAGGUGCCAGAAGCUGAGUUGUUUUAGUGGAGCUGUGGAAACUUAUGCAGACCAUGAACCUCAUUGGGAGCUACCAGCACCACAUGAUGCCAGAUCCCUUUAUCUUCUCGCCUGGCUCCAGGUGCCACCAGGAGAGACCUUACUUCCAGGGAUGGGUGCUUAACCCAGGAGAGGUGUCACCUGACUUCCCAGCACAGCCCCCCUAUAGCCCUGAGUACGGAGCGGUGGUGGGACCUUCCCAGACACCCGGCCGCAUGGAGACUCUGGGGGGAAAGUUGGGGAGGAGGAAAGGGGCUCCCCCCAAGAAAGAAAGGAGAAGGACAGAAAGCAUCAAUAGUGCCUUUGCUGAACUGAGAGAGUGCAUCCCCAACGUGCCAGCUGAUACUAAGCUCUCCAAAAUCAAGACCCUAAGACUAGCCACCAGCUACAUUGGCUACUUGAUGGAUGUGUUGGCUAAGGACAGUGAGCCGGGGGGCACAGAGGGCUUCAAAGCUGAACUCAAAAAGGUGGAUGGCAAGAGGAGAAGGGAACCGCAACCAACUGAAGGAUAUUGGGGUGCGGCACCUACAGGAGAGAAGAAAUUAAAAGGACGGACUGGGUGGCCCCAGCAGGUAUGGGCCCUGGAACUAAACCCCUGAUUGUUCUCUAUGCCCUUGGGUAACCUAAAUGCACUGCCAAUAAGAAAUCUAGUCACUGAGCACUCUUCAGGCUGGGUUGGGAGAAGACAUUCAUCUGUGAUUAUGUGCAAUGUUUUCUUUUUAUCUGCAAUAAGAGGACCUAGAGGUACUUUAUAAAGCCAAAUGGAGGAUGCGCAUAAGACUGGCGUGUUUCUGCAAGACUGAGAUAGAUCUGAUGUGGAUCUACAUGCAAUGAGCCAGAACUGUAUACAAAUAUAUAUAUAUAUUGCCAUGGAUUAUAUUAACCAACGUGACUCAGGGAUCAGGUCUCACUUUCAUCAAGUGAAGUCUUUUGCAAUUUUCCUGCUAUUUUAUUUUUUUCCAUUCAGAACACCAAUGUUUUAGUCUGUGUGUUUAAUUACAUACAUUUAACAUGCAAUGAUUGACCGAAUCUGUCAUUAUUUAAUGGUAUUGGGGUAAUUGUAGGGCCAGAGGAUUGAGAGAGAGAGAGAGAGAGAGAGAGUGUGUUUGUGUAUACGAGUAUGUUGCUCCAUAUACAUUACUAAUCAGUACCCGAUUGUGUACACAGCAUACACAUACUGCUUUCCUAAUGGUUGAUGGUCACCCCUCUAUAAACCAUGUACCUGUAUAUAGUACCAAUAUGCAUGGGUGUAUCUUUGCACAGUACCUAUAAAUGCCUUAUAUAAGUACAGUGAUACACCUGCAAAUCACACUCAAUAUUGCAGUGCCCGGUGAUCAGUGCCUAUGGGUUACAUUGAUAUAUUAGAUUUGCGGUCUUAUAUUUGUAUUAUAAGUUCCAAGUUGAAUUUUUAUGGGCUAAUACCAAUUUGCCUUUACUGUAAUUAUCACAAUAAAUACACUCAGUAUGAUAAUAAAACUUUCAAUGCCAGCUUAGCACAAGUAUACAAUCAGAUAAUGGGGACAUUUUAAGCACACAUGUGUCAACAUGAUCCUACUGUACUUAAAGGUGCACUCUUACAUAGUGUAGAUGAGAAUAUGCUUUCCCAAGUAGGAAUCAGCUUCUUGCCUACUGCUGUUCCUGAAAUGUAUAUUCAUGCUUGAGCCAAUGUGAUUCACUAAGGGUUUUAUCUUCCUUCCCAGCUGUAUGCCAAGCAGAUCUGGGUCUCUCAGGGAAGAAAUAAGCUAUCCCAAGACAGCAAACGUGUGACUACCUAAUAUAAGGACCUAAGUAUACCGUAAAACUGCACUAUGCUAUAGUAAAUAUAAAUGAAAGGGGCAAAAAGACAUUUGAUAGAAAAUACCAUUACUGAAAAGUGUUUGCCUGUAUUAUUUAGUUUUAUUUUUAUUCUUUAGAAGGGACAUUAAUUCCUACCUAUGCCAAGUUAAUGGCUCUGCCGUCUGCCAAAGGCACGGUUCUGAUCCCUAAAUUAGAAGCAGAGUGUUGAUAAUGUUUAGCUGGGCUGAUUUCCGGUAAGAAGGAGGUCACUUUUCACCUUCCAUAUAAUCCCCCUCCCAUCAGGGUUCCCUAAUGAGUAAUGUGUUGUCUUUUGCUUUUUUUCCAUUUAAAGUUUGCCUGAAUAUUGUACCUAAUAAAGUGUUUUUAAAUGUUCAUGUAUUUAACUACCUAGCUGUGUGAAUUUACUGUAAAAUGUGAUUUCUACCUCAUGAUUUUCAUUACUUUCCAAUGGGCAAAACCUGCCAAAGCCAAUAUUUGUGUUGUUUCAAAAAAAAAAAAAAAAAAAAAAAAA